AGCAUCAUCAAUACAACCUUUCUGCUAAGCUCGCUGACCGCGUGGCCAUUCCCCUUCCGUCGGCUUGCCUCGUUUCCGCCCGCAUCGCCGUCCCCCGCUGAUCCCUGGAGCAGCCAAAGUACUUGGCGAACUCAUCAGAGGGCAGGUUGAUACUUCAACACCGUGACUGUCAUUAGCCGCGAUCGCCUCCACCUAUUACCUGUUAAACCUACCGGCCCUCCAGACCGCGGAUUGCGACAUAUCUUUUGCCAUCUACCCACCACUUCGUUCCGAUUCCGCUGUACCUUUCCGAAGCAGCUUGCGAUGACCGCUGCAUUGAGUCACUACUGGUUCUGAACCCAAAUUAUUCUCGUGGCCGUCAACGAAGUGCUAGGGUCGGGUAUGGCCUUACACUCUUGAAGCCUUGAGCCAGACAACUGUUCUCGACGCAUUUGCUUGCACUCCGCGAGUUUGUCCACUCUCCAGGGCCCCGGUUGUCGUUCACUAUGGGCUGCUGCUUCUCCCGCUCCUCCGGGCCCAACUCACCCUACCCGGGAGGUGACUUGACGACGUCCGCCGGUGCGAUCAACCCGCCGCCUCUCACUCUUCCCGAAAGCGCACAAAGCGCCGCUCGACGAGGGCAUGCGGGCGCCAACACGGCGAGUAACCAUCGAUCCGCCGGGAACCAAACGCUCGCCGACAACUCCCGAAGGCAUAGCCGACAGCAGCGGCCGCUCGACCAGCACAUCAACAAGCCCCUGAAGCCCUUUUCAUGGAUCUCGAAAGACCGGCUGUGGACGCGCCGGGAGCUGGCGCAAGAGCGUCGGGAUUUCUUCGACACACGUGUGACAGGCAGAGCAGAGAUCUGGCAGACCAUACAUGCUGCACUCCAGGCCAUGUGGGAAGACCCAAAUGGGGCGGAUGGCGUGGCGCUGGCGCAGACGAUCCUUUCGGCCGCAGAAAUCUCGUUGCCUACCGGGAGUCUUGCCAACGGUGUGUACGAUUCCUUGGGCAAUUACUACCCUCUGCCACAGUACAUUGUGUGCGAUCCCAACAAUGUCUCAGAGGACAGCGAUGUCAAGGGCGAGCUUCCAACGGGUGUGGACGACCCACAAGCCGAGGAUAUCUCGGAAGACAUGGAGAAAGACAAACACGUCGUGGACGUGACCCCUCAAGUUACUCUUCGUGCGAGGUUGAGCGAGAACGCCAGAGACUACCAGAUCAUGAUUAGCCCAUCCGAGACUUCCCGGAGCGUUGCAAGGAAAAUCGCAAACAAGGCAUCCUUGAGCGCAGACAAAAGCAUCCGAAUCGCGUACAUGGGCAAGAUCUUGAAGGGGGGCGCGUCCCUCGCAUCACAAGGGUGGCAGGAGGGGCAUAUUGUCAAUGCUCUUGUCUUUGAUCACAAGGCAUGAUAGGCUGUCCCUGUCGCUCUGUUCCUUUAUUUUUCCUCACGAGGGUGCAAUCUACAGCGUCAAUGGAGUUGGGAGUCUAGCGGUGCCCAUCGUCGGUCACAGGGGCCUGUCUUCUUAUUGAUUCACUCUUUCAGUUCAGGAUUUGUUCUUUGUUACAUGCACAAACGGACCAUAAUGAUAGUACAGAUUGGCGUGGAUUUAUAGUGGCAAUGGCGUUUUCCUACGUUUCCAGUUUCCCCAUCGCCCUUCAUUUGGGAUGG